UCUUCUGAUUCUGUUAGGGCUCAACAUAAUUUGGAUCAUUCCUUUCAAGGGUCAUAUGACAUUUUUGAUGCACAACUUCCUCUUCAAGCACGAAAGAUCAGGGACCUCGACGGACAACUGUUUCAACUUCUAUUUCUGUUUCAUUUUUUUUUCAGGCAGAUCGGCAAGGAAUGAACAACUGCGCUUGACCUCGAGGUCUGAGGCAAUGUUGAACUGCUUUUCUUCGACGUGUGAAGCAAUGGACGCUUGUCUCUUGAAAGCAAAAAUGGACUUUGCGCUCCUCUAAUUCUGCUGCAGGAGCAAGUAGUAGUAAAAGAGUAAGGGAGGCACAGAACCGACUGGACCAACACGCAGCACAGCGGCCGGCUGAUCCGGAGCGCCCUGUCAGUGCCGAAAGUAUAUUCUCGUAUGCUAGAACAGCAGACUGUAAAUAAAGCUUUAGAGACAAAUAGCCAAGAACGGGUCGAGAUUUGGCUGAAAGGAAUCGGACGAGGAUAGAACGGAGUUUAGUAGACUAUAGGAGAUCCAACAAGAACGGGUUAUGUAUUAUAAUUUGCAUGUUCAUCAUGAUCAGGAUCAUCAUCAUCAUGAUGAUCAUCAUCAUGGUCGUCGUGAGAAGUUCGUCUAAGCUUGCAAAUUGCGGGAAGUACUUAAGGAGCGCUGGGGCUUCACACGGAACCCGGCGAGGGACUUCCUCAGCGGACUGGUUAAGGCUUACAGUAGUUAUCCAAGGAUUCCGUAAGAAUGAAAUCAGUACCAUUUUUCGGUCUAAUCACUGAUGAAUAUCUUCUUAAGAAGAAGCAUCUCAAUCCCUGAAAUUUCCUCCUGUUUAAGGAGGAAACGUGUGAAAGAUUCUAUGAAAGAUGAAUAUGAGCAAGGUCUAAACUGAGCAAUGACCUGGAAGAGCAGAAGCUGGUGGCCAAUGAAGCGGCAGCAGAAGCGAAUGACCCAGCACGAGUCUGCGACGCAAUGCAUCAACUUUGGGAAAUGUUUGGUGAAGAGAACAAAGACGACAAUUAUGAAGAAAAAGACAUCACCGAACAAGAAAAAGACAUCACCAAACGAGUAUAUCAUACGAUGCAGAUGCCAGAAAUUGCAGCAAGAGAGGCAGCGAAGGCAGAUAUUCUUAAGACCUAGCAUACUUGUAUAUAGACUUUAUUAUUGAUGAUUCAUGUUUUAUCUUAUGGAAGAGAGAGGAGAAGAAAUUAAAAGAUUAGUCAACUUAAGUACUUCUUUUUUUUCAGGGUUCUUCCUUUCUUAGUUGUGAAGAGGUUUCUACUACAGAUAAUCGGCGGAAACUACAUGUUAAACGCCCUCUAGCUUCACUGAGAGGGCCUCUAGCUUCACUGAGAGGGCCUCUAGCUUCACUGAGAAGCUCUCUAGCUUCACUAAAAAUAAGUUUCCCCUCGUCCUCUUCAAGCAUCUACUUGCUUCUUGAAGCAUCUACUUGCGUCUUAGAGAAAACUACAAUAUAAGUUGUCUCGUCUAAUGCACCAAGCAAAUGGGAAACUUACGUGCACGAUGUCGUUGGCUCUUUCGAUACAGCUUCGGAUGUUUCCCGCCAGCAAGACGAGGCGACAGUUGGUGUCAAUUGGAAGAAACUGCGUUUGGAUUUGGAUAUUUCGGAGUCGUCUGUCGGAGAGGGACCCACCAGGACCACCACCACCACCUCUGUACUGUUAAAGGCAGGUAGUUGAAGGUGUUUCUGUUACCGACUUGCAUGUCUCUCCUAAAGGAGACAGGCAUUUAAGAAAGUGAAAGGCCUUAUACAGAAACACCAAGUCCCUACCGCUAAUGAUGAUCUGUGGAGAAAUCUUCAAAAAACACGAGGAGGAGGGGAUGAAGUGCCUAGAUUACGACACGAAAUGGCAGGCUCUGAUGGAGCAGGAGCUUGGAAUAAUGGAUUCGAAAUACAGCACCAAAGGUGCCUUGAGGACAACAUUAUGACAACCGCUCAAGCACCCUCAACAUCAUGCUUCUUGGCCGUUUGUCUACUUGAAAAAUGGACCAACAAUGGUGCAGUCAGGGACGCUAAAGCGGUAGCUCUAACAAGAAGACGCUCUUCUGGGACCAUCUUGACAGUGCGAGCAGCGAAAGAACAGCUCAUGAAAGCUUUGUUGGAUCUUGCGGAACUUCAACUUGGAAAUAUCUUCCUGGGGUAUUAUCGAUCAUUAUACGUGCUUAGCUUUGUAGUUGGGUAUGCAUCAUUAUACCAUAGUUAGCUUCUUUGGAUAGAAAUACAAAAUUGUUCUUGGUAGGUAGCCUUUUCUUUUUCUAUCUUUUAGCGGUUUUUGUUUUAUCUAGUUAGGUCUGCUCCACCGCAAAUUCUACAUCAUAACAUACAUGCAAUUUUUUCGGCUGAGUAGUACGUCAGAUUAGGACCACUUGGACUACAGCUGAUAUGAUCACUCUCUAUCAUCUAAGAAGUAUGAAAAUGAAAUUUACGUACGGAAACUACAUGUUAAAAGCCCUCUAGCGUCUCAGGGACGCUCAUCAUUUGCGAAUUUUACUACAUUUUUACCUUGCUCAUCAUUUUCAUCUUGAUCAUUUUACCAUUGUUUGGUAGUUUGUGCUUCAGUAUCUUUCUCAUACGCUGAGGGUACCGUCCUUCGGGACACACUGUUGGAACUGUAUCGUCUUGCCAGUAGACUAGGAGAACUCAGGCGAUUCUUCAUAUGAAGGCACAAGAAGGCUGGUAGGGCCUCCUCACUCUUGGUAAGUAUUUAGCUUGAUCUUCCGAGGCAUCCUAACAUGACAACUGAAUACCUCACAGGUUAGAUCCGUACAAGAAGUAUUCCGAGUCGGAGGCCCUAGGGGAAGGCAUUUCCCACAUCGGUUUCGCGACGUCGUCCCAUGGGAUUCAAGAUUUCGCAAAACGUUUCAGACAGCACUUAUUUCGAUAUGGAGUUGAUGGGUUCGAUCUCUUGUCUGGCACCCGCCCACUCCAUGACGGCACCGCUUUGCUUCCUUGUAUGACAAAAAACGUGCACUCAUUUACUCAACUCAAGUGGCGAGUUUCCUACGACCUCUUUCUGUAAUAGUGCAUUACUUGUUGACAACUGGAUCAUAUUAAUUCUUCGUGCCUUAAAGCUUAGAUACUGGCCAUUAUGCCUUGUGGCGCACACUAUACUAAAAAAGUGCAGCACUUUUUCCUUUCAUACCUUGUGGGGAGCUUACAUUCGAAUUGAGGACACGAGAACAACGGGAAGCACGUCGUCCGCUUGUUUUUUUCGAACGCAACCUUUGGGGCGAGCAGGAAAUGAGUUUGCAGCAAAAGAAGCAAUUUUCCGCAACCUUAUGGGAGUUUGCACUGAACUUUCUGCGCGAUUCAUUGUGUUGUAUGGUAUUCAGCUCUGGAUCUGGUUCGUCCCUACUUGAGGAACGCCACCUGGAUCAUAGUAUUAUUUUAAGAGAGGUGAAAAAUACUAGUUGAAUUAGAAUCAGCAAGUUAGGAAUGAAGGAUGAUUGCUCUCGGAAAGGUAAAAAGAUGAUCCCCCAUACUGACAAAAGGCCAGACUGUUCUCACGGGUGUUAAACUAAGAAGACUAGAAAAAAGGACCAAAAACAAAAAAAAACAGCUCUGAACCAAGAAAGCUGAAGAAGGUGGCGUUCCUCAAGUAUACAGGAGGAACGCCACCUUCUUCAGCUUUCUUGUUCAUCAAACUGAAUAAAUGUUGUUAUAGUCUUAAUGACGGUGUUGUAAUCUCAUUUUUUUCUUUUUGCGAAAAAUUAACAGGGAGGGCUAAAGAGGAUUUGAUCUUAAGUUGUGAUAAUCGAACCUUUGCUCGUCCGUAGCAACUCUUCAGUUGGCAGCACAUGCGAUAGCUCUUCUAAGAAUCGGCCAUGUACAAAAUUCGAAAGCUUGUAGUGAUGAUCUUAGUGGAAUGUAUCAUCUUACUCGCGAUGAAGAGGUGGCGCAGGUUGUAGGUUCGGAACUGUCUCUUGCACAAUUUCAAGAAGCAACGCAUUUGAAAGAGGAGCACCCUGCGGUAGAAGUGAUCGAGG